AUGACCCAAUGGAAACUCUAUUUAAAUAAAUUAAAUAUCUCAAAUGGAGACUCCGCCAAACAUUUUCAUAUUGUAAACCUUUUAUUGAGGAAUCAUGGUGUAACAAUUGUGACUCACUUAGAACUAAUGAUGGAAGGAUGGACCAGUGGAAAUUCGGACGUUGACAAAUUUAUAGAUAUAAAAGAAAUUGAUGAAGGUGGAUUUUCCAAAGUAUAUUCUGCAAUAUGGACAGAUGGUAAAUCAAAAUUACUUAAAAUACAUUGGAAUACGUUUAAAGAAUAUGGAUUAACAUUGUACGGAAUAACUAAUAAUCCGGAUACUAAAAAAUUUAUGAUGAUGAUUAUACAAUUUACUGAUAAAGGAAGUUUUGAAAAUAUCUUACAAGCUGAUGAGGUUAUAUCUUAUAUUUCAGAUUUUGGAUUAUCAGGACUAGCAAAUGAACAAAUAUCAGAUGAUAAAGUAUAUGUAGUAACGCCAUUCAUAUAUUGCACCAGAAGUCUUAAUAGAGAAUCAUAUACAUCACCGUCCGAUAUUUAUAGUCUAGCAAUAUGUAGUGGACUAAGACCAGAAUUUGGAAAGGGAACUUCUGAAUGUUAUAAGAAAUUAGCUUAUAAACAAUAUUGUGGUUAUAAAGGAAAAGAAAUUAAAGCAGCAUUUGAAGAAGCUAAAGAAAUAUCAAACAUCUCAACUUUAUAUGACGCUAUAUAUACUAGUAGAGCUUUUGCAUAUAGAAAUUUAUGA